AAACCUCCCACCAAACAUAUCGAUCACCUCUCAAUUCCUUUCCUCUGCUUCUAUACAUCCCCCAAUCUUCCACAGUCCCUUUCUACAGCAAUGGCGUCCCUCGCCUUCACUCCCUUCACUCUCCACAUCUCCAAAACAGAACACUUCUCCCCCCUCUCCCACAUCAAAUCCUCCUCCCUUCCCCACCUAACCCAACCCCCACCAAGAAGCUGCUCAUGCACCGCCACCGUCGCCGGCAACGGCCUCUUCACCCAAACCAAGCCCGAAGUUCGCCGGAUACUUCCAGACCCCAACUCCGGCGAGGAUUUCCUGCGGCUUCCCCGGGUCAAAAUAGUCUACGUCGUGCUCGAAGCGCAGUACCAAUCCUCCCUCUCCUCCGCCGUCCGUUCCCUCAAUGCCUCCCGCCGCCACGCCUCCUACGAGAUCGUCGGCUACCUCGUCGAGGAGCUCCGCGACGAGACCACCUACCGCACGUUCUGCGACGACCUCGCCGCUGCCAACAUCUUCAUCGGCUCCCUCAUCUUUGUCGAGGAGCUGGCCCUCAAGGUGAAGGAGGCGGUGGAGAAGGAGCGGGACCGCAUGGACGCAGUCAUUGUCUUCCCGUCCAUGCCUGAAGUCAUGAGGCUCAACAAGCUCGGAUCCUUCAGCAUGUCUCAGCUGGGCCAGUCCAAGAGCCCCUUCUUCCAGCUCUUCAAGAGGAAGAAGCAGGGAGGGGGCGCAGGGUUCGCUGAGAGCAUGCUGAAGCUCGUCCGCACCCUCCCUAAGGUCCUCAAAUACCUGCCCAGCGACAAGGCGCAGGACGCCAGGCUCUACAUCCUCAGUCUCCAGUUCUGGCUUGGCGGCUCGCCAGAGAAUUUGGAGAAUUUCGUCAAGAUGAUCGCCGGCUCCUAUGUCCCGGAGCUCAGGAAGGUGAAGAUUCAAUACGCCGAUCCGGUGCUGUACCUUGACAGCGGAAUCUGGCAUCCGAUGGCUCCGGCGAUGUAUGACGAUGCGAAGGAGUACUUGAACUGGUAUGGAACGAGAAGGGAUCUUAAGGCCGAGGCGAGGGAUCCGAAAGCUCCGGUGAUCGCACUGGUGUUACAGAGGAGCCACAUCGUGACGGGAGACGAUGGGCAUUAUGUGGCGGUGAUAAUGGAGUUGGAGGCAAGGGGGGCGAGAGUGAUACCGAUAUUUGCAGGGGGGCUGGAUUUCUCGGGGCCGGUGGAGAGGUAUCUGAUAAAUCCGGUGAAUGGGAAGCCGUUUGUGCACGCGGUGGUUUCGUUGACGGGAUUCGCGCUGGUGGGAGGGCCGGCGAGGCAGGAUCAUCCGAAGGCGGUGGAGGCGUUGAGGAAGCUGGAUGUGCCGUAUAUGGUGGCGUUGCCGCUGGUGUUCCAGACGACGGAGGAGUGGCUUAAUAGCACCUUGGGUUUGCAUCCCAUUCAGGUUGCCUUGCAGGUGGCGUUGCCGGAGCUCGACGGAGGGAUGGAGCCGAUUGUGUUUUCCGGCAGAGAUGCCAGAACAGGGAAGUCACAUGCUUUGCAUAAGAGAGUGGAGCAGCUUUGUACGAGAGCUAUAAGAUGGGCGCAGCUCAAGAGCAAAUCAAAGGAAGAGAAGAAAAUCGCAAUCACGGUUUUCAGCUUUCCACCGGAUAAGGGGAACGUGGGCACCGCGGCUUAUCUCAACGUCUUCUCCUCCAUCUUCUCCGUUCUCAUCGACCUCAAGAAAGACGGAUACAACGUCGGCGAUCUCCCGGCCACCGCCGAAAACCUAAUUGAAAGCAUCAUCCACGACAAAGAGGCGAAGUACAGCAGCCCUAACCUCAACGUCGCCUACCGGAUGAGCGUCCGCGAGUACAAAUCCCUCACUCCCUACGCCGCCGCCUUAGAAGACAGCUGGGGAAAGCCCCCCGGAAACCUAAAUUCCGACGGCGAAAACCUCCUCGUCUACGGUAAGCAAUACGGCAACGUGUUCAUUGGCGUUCAACCUACUUUCGGCUACGAAGGAGACCCGAUGCGUCUUCUCUUCUCGAAAUCAGCCAGCCCUCACCAUGGCUUCGCGGCCUACUACUCCUUCGUGGAGAAGAUUUUUGGAGCCGACGCUGUGCUUCAUUUUGGCACUCAUGGAUCGCUGGAGUUCAUGCCGGGAAAGCAGGUGGGAAUGAGUGAUGUUUGUUAUCCUGAUAGCCUGAUUGGAAACAUACCUAAUAUAUAUUACUACGCCGCGAACAAUCCGUCGGAAGCCACUAUUGCUAAGCGAAGAAGCUACGCUAAUACGAUAAGCUACUUGACUCCGCCGGCGGAGAACGCCGGGCUUUAUAAGGGUUUGAAACAGCUGUCGGAGCUCAUCUCCUCUUACCAGUCCCUCAAGGACACUGGACGAGGAUCGCAGAUUGUUAAUUCAAUAAUCAGUACCGCCAAGCAGUGUAAUCUGGACAAGGAUGUGACAUUGCCGGAGGAAGGAGUAGAGCUCUUACCGAAAGAGAGAGAUCUUGUGGUCGGAAAGGUUUAUUCGAAGAUAAUGGAGAUCGAGUCUCGCUUGCUUCCUUGCGGGCUUCAUGUGAUCGGAGAGCCACCGUCGGCGAUUGAGGCGGUGGCCACGCUAGUCAAUAUAGCAGCGCUGGAUCGACCUGAAGACGAUAUAUUUUCCCUGCCGGGAAUUUUAGCAGAGACUGUAGGAAGAGAUAUUGAAGAUGUGUACAGGGGAAGCGAUAGAGGAAUCUUAGCUGAUGUCGAGCUUCUGAGACAGAUAACGGAGGCCUCGCGAGGAGCCAUUACUGCUUUCGUGGAAAAAACAACGAAUAAGAAAGGGCAAGUGGUUGAUGUGGCCGAGAAGCUUACCUCAAUGUUUGGAUUUGCUCUUGUUGAGCCAUGGAUUCAGUACUUAUCGAAGACAAAAUUCUUGAGAGCGGACAGGGAGAAGCUGAGGAAUCUGUUCCAGUUUCUAGGCGAGUGCUUGAAUCUUGUGGUAGCCGAUAAUGAAUUAGGAAGCUUGAAAAUGGCUUUAAAAGGAAGCUAUGUUGAGCCUGGGCCUGGUGGAGAUCCUAUAAGAAAUCCGAAGGUGUUGCCGACGGGAAAGAACAUUCACGCGCUGGAUCCGCAGGCGAUUCCCACGGCGGCGGCAAUGCAGAGCGCGAAAGUGGUGGUGGAUAGGCUGUUGGAGAGGCAGAAGGUUGACAAUGGCGGAAAGUAUCCGGAGACAAUCGCUCUGGUUUUGUGGGGGACGGAUAACAUCAAGACUUACGGAGAAUCCCUUGCUCAGGUGCUGUGGAUGAUCGGAGUACGACCGGUUUCUGACACUUUCGGCCGCGUAAAUCGAGUGGAACCAGUCAGCCUUGAAGAACUAGGCCGCCCUAGAAUCGAUGUAGUCGUCAAUUGCUCCGGCGUCUUCCGAGAUCUAUUCAUUAACCAGAUGAAUCUACUGGAUCGAGCAGUGAAAAUGGUGGCGGAAUUCGAUGAACCAACGGAGCAAAACUACAUUCGCAAGCACGCAAUGGAGCAGGCGGCGGAACUAGGGGUGCCAGUCCGAGAAGCAGCCACCCGUGUAUUCUCCAACGCAUCCGGCUCCUACUCCUCCAACAUCAACUUAGCAGUCGAGAACUCUUCCUGGAACGACGAGAACCAGCUUCAAGACAUGUAUCUAAGCCGCAAGUCCUUCGCCUUCGACUCCGACGCCCCCGGUGCGGGCAUGAUCGAGAAACGGAAGGUAUUCGAAAUGGCACUUCGCACAGCGGACGCCACAUUCCAAAACCUAGAUUCGUCGGAAAUCUCCUUAACCGAUGUCAGCCAUUACUUCGACUCCGAUCCGACGAAUCUUGUACAGUCACUUCGCCGCGACGGGAAGAAACCUAGCGCGUACAUCGCCGACACGACGACGGCGAACGCGCAGGUGAGGACGCUGGCGGAGACCGUAAGGCUCGAUGCGAGAAACCCGAAAUGGUAUGAGGGAAUGAUGGGGAGCGGGUAUGAAGGGGUGAGGGAGAUUGAGAAGCGGUUGACGAACACGGUGGGAUGGAGCGCGACGUCGGGACAGGUGGAUAACUGGGUUUACGAGGAGGCGAAUAGCACCUUCAUAAAGGACGAGGAGAUGCUGAAGAGGUUGAUGGAUACAAACCCUAACUCGUUCAGGAAGAUGGUGCAGACAUUCUUGGAGGCGAGCGGGAGAGGGUAUUGGGACACUUCCGAGGAGAAUUUGGAGAAGCUGAGGCAGCUAUAUAUGGAUGUGGAAGAUAAGAUUGAGGGGAUUGAGCGCUAAAAUAAGAUUUGAGGUGGACUGAUUUGCAUAUUUGAUUUAUGUUUUAUGAGGUAUGUGAGAUUUAUGAUUUGGUAAUUAUUGUUGUUUGGAAAAAUUAAUGAUGGUAGGAUAAUGUAAGGCUGCAAGGGUUUAUAUA